GACUUCAUAAUCUCGCGAGGCGGAGCGUUGGCAGGAAGAAUUCGCGGGAACUGUUGUCAACAGCGUUGCGGGAUACAAACUCCCAAAACUCAGGAUCUAACCGGGUAUUUCACAUUUAAAACCUUUGGGCGGAGGGUCCCAGCUCUUACGCACCAACAUGUUCUCCGACCUGACUGCGCAGAAACAGGGCUCGUCUCUGCUCUGUCGACCGGCGGAGGACCAGGCUCCGGUGUUCGACCGGGUGGCACCGGCAUUUAGUGCCUGCUCGCAGCAGUUCAAGGUGGGAGAGCGGAGCUUCAACCGCCAGUACGCUCACAUUUACGCCGCCAGACUGAUGCAGAUGAGGCCGCUGCUGACAGAGAGAGCCCAGCAGAAGUGGGGGUCGGACGUGCUGGUCAGGAAGCUGUGCGACCUGCAGACGGGGGAGCAGUGUUGCAUCGUGGGAACGUUGUUCAAGAGAAUGGACCUGCAGCCUUCCAUCCUGAAAGAGAUCAGCGAGGAGCACAACCUGCUACCGCAGCCUGCCAGGGUGAAAUUCAUCAGCGACACAGAUGAGCUGAUCCUGGAGGACGAGCUCCAGAGGAUCAAACUGGAGGGUAAAAUUGACCGAGACAAGUGCGUCACAGGUAGCGUCAUUGCCAUCUACGGAGCGGAGAGGAACGAUGGCAAGUUCACUGUGGAGGACUUCUGCACUGCUGACCUUCCUCCUCAGAGCAGCAGACCCACACUCGGUGCUGACAGGUUCGUGCUGCUGGUCUCAGGACUUGGCCUGGGCAGCAGCCACGCUGACAGCAUGCUGGGGCUGCAGCUGCUGGUCGACAUGGUGACAGGUCAGCUGGGUGACCAGGGGGAGCAGAGCGGUGCCGCAACCAUAUCCCGAGUCCUGCUGGCUGGAAAUCUGCUCAGUGAAAACACUCAAGAUAAGGAAGCGUCCACCAAGCCCAAGUACCUCACCAAGAAGAGUCAGGCUGGCAGUGUGGAGGCCAUGCGCCUGCUGGAUGAGCUCCUCCUUCAGUUAGUGGCCUCGGUCCCGGUGGAUGUGAUGCCCGGCCAGCACGAUCCCACCAACUUCACACUCCCGCAGCAGCCUCUGCACCGCUGCAUGUUCCCCCUGUCCUCGGUCUACCCCACACUCAUGCUGGCGUCCAACCCCUACCAGGCUGAGGUCGACGGGGUCAGGUUCCUGGGCACAUCAGGUCAGAACGUGUGUGACAUGGAGCGGUACAGCAGCAUGGACAGUCACCUGGAGAUCCUGGAGGAGACCCUGCGGCUGCGGCACUUGGCUCCCACCGCACCUGACACGCUGGGUUGUUACCCUUUCUACCAAAAAGACCCCUUCAUCCUGGAGCAGUGUCCCCACGUCUACUUCAGCGGCAACGCCUCCAAGUAUGGGUCUAAGGUCAUCGAAGGUCCGGAUGGACAGGAAGUUCUGCUGGUGACAGUCCCGAAGUUCAGCAGCACACAGACGGCCUGCCUGGUCAACCUGCGCACUCUGGAGUGCGAGCCGGUCAGUUUCUCAGCCUUCUCUGCUGAAGACGACGAGGAAAGUGAGAUGAAUAUCAGCCACUGAGAGAGUUGGAAUCCUGCAUUUGUACUGUAAACAUAAUAAAUGUUU